AUGGCUACAGCCAAUAGACAAGCCCCGCCCAGGUUAACCACCCAGGAAAUCAUGGAACUGACCAACGAAGUCCAUAAUGCGGAUACAGGCAAGAAAUACCUUGAGCGCACUGCUCUAUCAAUCAAAGGUAAACCCUACACCGUAAACACGCUAACCAAAACUCUUUUGCAUGUCACCCAACUCAGCGGAAUCUCAUUACCAGCUGUCACGGCCAUCAGAGCGGUAGCCUUCAUCACGCAAGAGAAAACUAACAAUGAGACAGCAGAAAUCAUAGCCAAGCUAGUGGUAGCAUCGAUCUCCCCUCAGGUAGCCAAACUCCAAGAAGCAGAAGAAGCCAUCAGUAAGGCCACGAUGGAACUCAACGCCAAACUCGCAACACAAGUAUCAGACUCCCCCCUCCUCAAACCAUCGCACGCCGAAACGUUGAAGAUGGGACAAUCACCUCACCAGGAUCCAGUACACCAAUCCCAACAAGUCCAGCAACUAGCGAGAGAAGCAAUCAAGGAGAGGCAACUACUGAUUGAUUUCCCAGCUAACUGUCCUCUAGUGGUGGGGAAAAGCUCCCAUGCCCAGCUUGUUGAAAGAGUCCGCAAAGCCCUGGCAGCCCUACCCAAAGAGGACGACAUCGAUCUCGAAAUGAAGGCAGUCUCACAAUUCAAGCAGGGAGGAAUGACCAUUGAAUUCAAAAUGAAGGAAGCCGCUAUCUACAUCCACACCAAUGAAGAAACGAAGAACCUCCUCCUGAAGAACCUUGAUCCAAACGCUACAAUAAAGGAACGUAUCUACCCUGUAGUGAUACCCUUCAUGCCAGUCACAUUCAACCCGACGAGCGACGCUGCCCUCAGAACGCUGGAGGACAAAAACAACUGGACAAAAGGAUCACUCGCUUCAGCUCGUUGGAUCAAGCCAGCGGAAAAGAGAAUGAGUACCCAACAAGCAGCCCAUGUACUGAUUAACUUCACAGAACCAAUGGAAGCGAACACCGCGAUCAGAGACGGCAUCACCUUCUACCAGCUCAAACUCUGGCCGAAGAAAAACAGACGCAAACCAAUCCGCUGCGCCAAAUGCCAACACUUUGGCCACAUCACUUGUGAAUGCAUAGCAAAAGGUGACACAUGCGCAAACUGCGGGAACAACCACCGCUCCAAUGAUUGCACCACCAAAGACAAGAACUACUGCACGUCAUGCGAAAUGGAAGACCACUCAAGCUGGAGUCGCGACUGUCCAUUCUUCAAAAAGAAAUGUGAUGACACUGACAAACAUUACCCUGAUAACAGUAUGCCUUUCUUCCCAACGAACGAAGAAUGGACCCAAGUAGCAGCUCCCCCAAAACCUGCCCCAUACCGCAAACCCGCACCACCACCGAAUGAUCAACCACCCCCUCUCACACAGCGCACGUUGGAUUCAUACCUGAACAGACAAAACCAUCGAUUUGGACGUGGUGGACCACCAUCAUGA